AUAAUAAAUGCGAUCUGAUUAAACAAUGUACGUGGAUAGAACACGUAUACGAUUAUGCAUAUUUCAUUAAUUAAAUAAUAAUUACGGUUAAAAUUAUGAGAUUCCGACGGUCACUUGGUUUUUGUCUAUCGGUGAUUCGCGAUGGACAUUUACGACACCCUGAUUCCGGUCUACGUGCUUUCAAAGAUCUUGGGUCUGGCCCCAUUCAAGUUGUCUUUGAAGGGAAACCGAGGUUUCGUCUCGGACGUCGGUCCAAUCAUCAUAACGCGCAUCCUGGUGCUUCUAAGCGUCAUGAUCUUCGUGGCUUGGGAGCUGGAGAAUCUGGACUUUCCAGAUAACAUAGCAGGGAUAGCGAUGCGCGUCGAACUUUACUUGGGUACCGUGAUGACCGGUAUAGUGUUAAUCUUGGCAGUGGUGAAUAGAAGAGGUAUUAUAGGAUCUGUUAACAAUUUGAUGGAGGUCGAUCGUCUGUUAAAGGCUGCAGACAUCGCCGUCUCCUACAAGAACGCGAAGACCUUUUGCGCAGCUCAGAUCAUCUUCAUCACGUGCGUCUUUUCAUCAAAGAUCAUCAUCCAGCCCUUUUCAAGCAAAACCUCUUUGUUGUACAUCUACAGCGUUUUCAAUAUAGUCGAUUACAUAAACACGAUCAUGCUGUUCCAGUACGUGGAUCUGUUUCUGCUGAUUAGACAACGAUACAUUUGGCUGAACAGAUCCGUGCGCAAUCUGGGAAUGGAAAUGAAGAUACACUUUCUCAAAUCGCAAUGCCUGCCUCUGGACAGUCUAAUCGUGCAGUACGGGAUCAUCCACAACGCCCUCUACCAAAUUGGAAAUAAAAUAAAUCGUUCUUACGGCGUUCAGCUCCUCGUCACGAUCAUCGUCAGGUUCAUCAUGGUCACAACUCAGCUGAUUUACGCUUACAAGAUCAUACAAGAUCCUGAACAAGGGGAUCCCAUCUCCUACACGCUUCUAUUCAUGUACUUGAUGCUACACACCACAAAACUCUUUAUGGUUGCCAGCAUUUCCACGAACACAUCAACAAAAGGUCAAGAAACCGGAUUAUACCUGCACAACCUUUGGGAAAGUUAUGGCAGAAAUCGCGAAGAGAUCAUGUUCUUCUCGUUGCAAGUGCUCCAUCAAAAAGCCAACUACUCGGCUUGCGGUUUCUUCAAUUUGGAUUACCAACUGAUCUCUUCGAUCGUCGGAGCCAUCACUACUCACCUGAUCAUCAUCAUUCAAUUCGACCACAACACAGUUCGAGUUACUCAGAACGGAACUUUAUUUUAG